CUCAUCAUCAUGGAAGUUUAUUUCCCCCCUUCUGCAUCUUAUCUCCCUCGCGCUCCUCCUCCCCGUCCUGUAGUACCCGCAGUCCCCAUCGUCCCCAUUCCCGACCUUCCCGAAGUUCUUCAUGCUCCAGAAGGAACUUACACACUCAAUAACAAUCUCUUCUGUCCAGCCGGUAUAACUCCUAGUCAGAUGCAGGAUAAAUCAGGACAAGGUAGUUUCAUAGUCAGUCUCAUAGCUCCACCACCUAUGGCACCUCAAAAUUCAGGACCUCCCAUUGGACAAUCUGCCAUUUCUUUCGGCUCUACAAUUGUAAAUGGUCAAAAUCAUCCAGCUUAUCCGGUGCGAAUGUCAUGGAUCAGUGUCUACUUCCCGCCUAAAGCUGGUGAUCGUGGUUUGGGGGGUUUGUUCGGAGGAGGUAAAGAUAAUAAAGAACAAGAGAAAGAGAUCGUUCCAGUUGGUUAUGAAGCUUCAGAAGGAUCAGGUUCAACGGAUCCUUCUUCUGAUAUUCCAAAUCCAAGACCGAUGGAUAUACCUGUUUCUGCCAUUCCACCGAAACAUAGAGCGCAGUGGUUAAAAUCUGCUUCAUUGAGUGCUUUACCCAGACCGAAGAAUAAUCUAAGAUCAAGUAGCUCGACUUUUGUUACGAGAUUACAAACGUUGGAGACUAUGCCGAAGAUUACUGCGGAACGUGGGAAGGGUGGUGGGGAAACUGUCAGAUGGGGUUUUUGGAAUCUUGGUAGGACUUUUGGGUGGGGUGAAGAGGGUGGAAAGAUUCGAGUGAGUCCAGCUACUGAAGCUUUGGCUAGAGUCACUUUCUCUCAAAUACCUACUUGUCAUGCCGUCUCUCAUCUCACGGCCAGUCCGGACAGAUUAGACAUUAUUGUCGGUUUCGCUUCUGGGGAUAUCGUCUGGUUGGAUUUCAUAUUGGGUCGAUACACUCGAAUUAACAAAGCGGGCCUUUUGAACAGUACCGCCGUCAUAUCAGUUCAAUUCGACCCUCGUCAAGCACAACACUUCAUCGCUGUCUUCUCAGAUGGUAUCAUCAUGCAAUUCAAUCUUUUCGCGGAAGAUCCAAUGUCAAUGGCAACCUCUUCUUCCACUCCCUGGACCAACUUCUUCGCCUCACAAGCUGCCCAAGAGCAAUCACCCGGUGAUGGAGAAGGGUUCAGAGAUCAGAUGUUAAUUUGGAAGAAUGAAGAUUUUUCUGUGCAACCUGAGAAAGGUAAAGAGAGAAGUAUGUGGGCGGGAAAGAAUCCAACCGCCGUUUGGAAAGUUGGAAAGAAACAAAUUACAGCGUAUGCGUAUUCACCAGAUGGGAGAUGGUUAGCAUUGACGAGUGACGAUGGUAUGAUGAGAUUAGUAGAUGCUACUGAAGAAACAUUGACGGAUACCUUUGCUGGUUAUUUCAGUGCUUUGACUUGUGUCGCUUGGUCACCAGAUUCACGUUUCGUAGCCGUAGGCGGUCAAGAUGAUCUAAUAACCAUUUUCUCUCCGAGAGAAACUCGUAUAGUCGCAAGAUGUCAAGGUCAUUCAGCUUUCGUCACUAGUAUAACGUUCGAUUCAUCUUCCAAAGAAGGACGUGGAUAUCGGUUUGCUUCCGUGGGAGAAGAUGGGAAAUUAUGUUUAUGGGAUUUUUCAGCUGCUUCACUUCAUAGACCAAGACAUCAUCAUACCAAUACUUCACAUCAUAAAAUACCACCUGGAUCAGUUUUAUCUUUGGCCGCACAAACUCAGAGUAAAAGUCAAUUACCUAUUGAACAAGGAACUUCGGGGAGGUAUCAUGCUGUUGUACCUAAGAAUGAAGUAGCAAUGUUACAACCUGUCAUGGCACGUAUGAUAGAAGGUAACAUCAUCACCGGUGUUUAUCUUUCACCUUCCGCCAUAAUCACAGUUUCACGAGCAGCAGGAAUCAAAUUCUGGCAAAGACCCACUAAACCACAUACAUCCAAUAAACAACUUCAGGUCUUAUCCCCAAAUCCGAAUGGUUCUUUAGGUCGGGAGAAUCGAGAGGCGAGGGAAGUUAGUAAAAUGUUGAGAGAGAAAGAAGGUGUAUUGGCGUGA